UACCUGUGCAAUAUACCUGCUUUAUGCACUUAAGCAGGGAAGAAAUCCGCAAGGACUUACCCAUCUCCUGGUCUGCAGAGAAGACAGAAACAACAUGAGCACGGCAGGAAAAGUAAUCAAAUGCAAAGCAGCUGUGCUGUGGGAGUUAAACAAACCCUUUUCUAUUGAGGAGGUGGAGGUGGCACCUCCUAAGGCCCAUGAAGUUCGUAUUAAGAUAGGGGCUGUAGGAAUCUGUCGCUCAGAUGACCACGUGGUUAGUGGCAACAUGGUGACCCCACUUCCUGCGAUUUUAGGCCAUGAGGCAGCCGGCAUUGUGGAGAGUGUUGGAGAAGGGGUGACUACAGUCAAACCAGGUGAUAAAGUCAUCCCACUCAUUAUUCCUCAGUGUGGAAAAUGCAGAAUUUGUAAAAACCCGGAAAGCAACUACUGCUUAAAAAAUGAUGUCAGCAAUGCUCAGGGGACCCUGCCGGAUGGCACCAGUAGAUUCACCUGCAAAGGGAAGCCCAUCCACCACUUCAUCGGCGUCAGCACCUUCUCCCAGUACACGGUGGUGGAUGAGAGUGCAGUGGCCAAAAUUGAUGCAGCCUCGCCCCUGGAGAAAGUCUGCCUCAUUGGCUGUGGAUUUUCAACUGGUUAUGGGUCUGCAGUCAAAGUUGCCAAGGUCACCCCAGGCUCUACCUGUGCUGUGUUUGGCCUGGGAGGGGUCGGCCUAUCUGUCGUUAUGGGCUGCAAAGCAGCCGGAGCAGCCAGGAUCAUUGCGGUGGACAUCAACAAGGACAAAUUUGCAAAGGCCAAAGAGUUGGGUGCCACUGAAUGCAUCGCCCCUCAAGACUACAAGAAACCCAUCCAGGAGGUACUAAAGGAAAUGACUGAUGGAGGUGUGGAUUUUUCGUUUGAAGUCAUCGGUCGUCUUGACACCAUGAUGGCUUCCCUGUUAUGUUGUCAUGUGGCAUGUGGCACAAGUGUUGUCGUAGGGUUACCUCCUGAUUCCCAAAACCUCUCAGUGAACCCUAUGCUGCUACUGGCUGGACGCACCUGGAAAGGAGCUGUUUUUGGUGGCUAUAAGAGUAAAGAAGAUGUCCCCAGACUUGUGGCUGAUUUUAUGGCUAAGAAAUUUUCACUGGAUGCAUUAAUAACCAAUGUUUUACCUUUUGAAAAAAUAAAUGAAGGAUUUGACCUGCUUCGUUCUGGGAAAAGUAUCCGUACUGUCCUGAUGUUUUGAGAUAAUACAGAUGCCUUUCCUUGUAGCAGUCUUCAGCCUCCUCUAUCCUACACGAUCUGGAGCAACAGCUGAAAAACAUCAUUAAUUCUGCUCUUCAGAGAUGUAAUCAAUAAAUUACACAUGGGGGAUUUCCAAUGAAAUGAAAAUUGAUGGGAAAUUAUCUUUCAAGUAAAUGUUUACAUCAGCUGGGGAAUUGAAGCUAAUAAAUCUUCCUUCUUAACCAUUCUACUUGUGUCAUCUUUUCCAUUGAGAAAAACUAUUUCCUAUGACUUCUUGCAUUUUUGGUAUCUUCACAAUCCUCAGUCACUGAAUCCCAGUGGAGGCGACCCUUCAUUUGCCCUGAACUUACCCAUGCUAGGCUCUUGCGCUUGAAGUCUCCUACCUGUAUCUCAAUUUUCACUGUCGGCAUUUUCCUUUUUU